UCUCUGAGAAAAGAGAUCUCUCGCGACAAAACAUUUCCUCUGCUCUCUCUCUCUCUCUCUCUCUCUGUGAAAGAAAAUGAGCAACAUAAGCGUGGUGGAGGCAAAGUUGCCACCAGGGUUCAGGUUCCAUCCAAGAGAUGAAGAGCUUGUGUGUGACUAUUUGAUGAAGAAGGUGACUCAAUCUGACUCAAUCCUUAUGAUUGAAGUUGACCUCAACAAGUCUGAGCCAUGGGAUAUCCCUGAAAGUGCAUGUGUGGGAGGGAAAGAAUGGUACUUCUAUAGUCAGCGUGAUCGUAAAUAUGCAACAGGACUUCGAACAAACCGUGCAACUGCAACAGGGUAUUGGAAGGCCACAGGAAAAGAUAGGUCAAUCCGUCGUAAAGGAAGCCUUGUUGGGAUGAGAAAAACCCUGGUCUUCUACCAGGGCCGAGCUCCCAAAGGCAGAAAAUCCGAUUGGGUCAUGCAUGAGUUUCGGCUUGAAGGUCCUCCUAAAAUCUCUCCUCUCAAGGAAGAUUGGGUUUUGUGCAGAGUGUUUUAUAAAAACCGAGAGAUAGCUGCCAAACCCAGCAUGGGAGUUAGCUGUUACGAUGACACGAGCACUUUAACUCUGCCUGCCUUGAUGGACUCUUACAUCAGUUUCGAUGGCCAAACUCAGAUUCAGACACACACAGAGACUCAACCCCAAGACUAUGAGCAAGUGCCCUGCUUCUCCAUGUUCUCCCAGAACCAAACCAACCCAAUUUUCACACACGUUGACAUCACCAGUUCUCAACCAAGCAUACCCACCAAGCACAAUAAUAAUACCAACACAACCACAUUUGGAGGGUUGCCAAAUGUGACCAAUUUUCUUGACCCUUUUUCAUGUGACAAAAAGGUGCUAAAAGCUGUUUUGAGUCACCUUACCAAGAUGGAAAAGUCCAUUUAUCCUACUUUGGAUGGCUCAUCACCAAGCUUUGGGGAAGGAAGUAGUUCAGAAAACUACCUAUCUGAUGUCGGCAUGCCCAAGAAUAUUUGGAGCCACUACUGAUCUCAUCAUUUCAUUUAGAAUUCAAACGGAAAGAAAAGAAAAAAAAAA